UUCGGUCGUGCCCUCGCCAAAGUGCUUCUAUUUCCGGAAUAUUGCGGAUCAGAUUCCUUUGUUGACGGCCGGUUGAUACAUCCAUCAUUGAUCGCAACGGCGGCUAUUCUGUCCCAUUGUGUUGCAUGAGUGACGGCCUCUUGUCCUGGCGCCAGAUGAAGUUACUAACGGCUGAAUGGCGACAUGUUGCAUAAGCUGAGGUAGAGAGAGACAUGGCCAUACGUAUGAGUCUUUGAGAGCUUCAGACAGACGACUACGUCCUUCCCAUCUAUCUCGCAAUGGAGUGUCGCUUAUACAUACUUCUGCUAAAGACGCUUCAGUGUGUUUGUGUUUGUCUGGCAACUUCACACCAACCACAGCCGCGAUGUCUCAUCAGCAGGGCUCCCAAGAGCCAAGUUCCAAUAUUUCUGAUAGUGACGGUCAAGUACGCAGUUUACCUGUUGGACCGGCCUCAACCUCUGAGCAAGAGGGGUCGCCAUCGCCUCAACUUCCACAACUACAGCCCAACUCCGCAGCCCCGGCCGGAGGCGAUACCAACGACAACGACAACGACAACGACAAUGGUUCUCUCAGCGAUGUAAGCUCCGGCUCCCUCGCCCGCAAGUUCGCAGUUGAGGAGCACGAGGAGUAUCUCAAAGAACAAGUCCGUAUCGAACUGGGCGCCCAAGAACGAGAAGCUGCCUGGCGCCGAGAUCACCAAGCUGAACUCCUCAACCCACAACCUCAACAGAUGCCGCCUCAGCAACCGCCCCUGACCAUUGGCGCGCCGCUAGGGAGAGGUCUCACAGUAGUCGAGGCGGCAACUCGUCUUGUAUCCCAAUGGGAGGCUAUACAUGAGGCCACCCUCGCAUCAACCCCCGAGGGCGCCUCUCCCAUCUUCGAGGAACUAACACAAGCCCGCGCCCAGCUCGCCGCUCUCACAGCCCGGCAUCAACAAGCCGCCUCAUCGUCUUCUUCCACAUUGCCCUCCGAAGAAGAGACCCAGAACCCCAUCACGACUCCCCUGAACUCACUCGACGCCCACAAGUCCGCCGCCGUAGACGCCCGGAUCCGGUUCCUCGUCGCCUCCCUCGAGGACUCCCACUUCCCGCCCGAGCGCGCAAACAUCGCCGCCGCCGUAUCUCUCUACCGCAGCGCCCGGAUCCCCUACUCUGCCAACUGGGCGAUCCUGUACGCAGGCCACCUCGUUGACUUCGCCCCAACCUACGCCUCCCUCACCGCCGACCGCGCCGCCCGUCUCGACCGCUACGCCCGCCUCCACGGCGAGGGCUGGCUCUGGCUCGAGCCGCCCCUGGCCCGCGAGCCCGGCGGCCCGACCUUCUUCUCCGCGCGCAGGGGUACGUUCCUCCCGGAGAGCGACAACUCGUACGACAUGGGCCACUACAGCGUCACCAUGUCCUUCCGCCGAAUGAAGAACCUCGUCUACCGCGGCGCCCUCGUGACCAACAUGUCCCGCAAGAGGAAGCACGACCGGGUGGCCCGCAGCAGCGACGACGAGGGGACGAUGCUCAACGAGGACGACUGGCCGGCGCGGUUCCCGGACAUCGACUCCGACACCACGGAUGACGGCGAUGGGUCCGGGAAAGAAAAGGAGGAGGGCCGGACGAACCCUCUACCUUCGUCCUCGGCCCUCCGCGCGGGUAUCAAACCGGCGACCCGGCUCCGCAGGAACCGGCCGUCGAGACACCCGCUCAUGGCCAGCGACCGCGCCGCGCCGACGCUGCACUUCCGCAUGCUCCUCGACAGCGGCGCGACGCUGCCCCUGAUCUAUGACCGCGACGCCCGCGCCCUCGGCAUACGCCGCCGCACCUACGCCGCCGUCUCGCGCGUCACCGUCGAGACCGCCUCGGACCAGAUGCCCACCUGGCUGUACGAGAUGCACGUCUCCGUCGUCGACACCCAGACGUGCGAGACCCUCGUCUCGCCUACUUCCCCGGUCUGGCCGGCCGAGGAGCACGCCCUCGGCGGCGUCACGCUCGUCAUGACGCGGCCCUCUCCCCGGCUCGACGGCGUCGCGAGCUUCUCGUCGCCCUGCGGCGGCAUGAACGCCGUCGCCAAGACGGAGCCCGGGGGCGAGGCGGCGUUUCUCGAGGCGGCCAGGACCCUCGUCGACAUCGCCGAGGGCCGCGACUACGGCCGGCUGUCCGGGCUACUGCCGUUCAAGGUGUGCUACGUUCAGUCGACGCCCGGCCUGCGCACCAUGUGGGUGGGCGAGGACCGCCGCGACGUGCUCGGCGCGCAGCGGAUGCCAGGCCAGAUGCGCUGGGCGCCCGGCACGGGGCGGGUGUGCGACCCGGGCCACCCCCGGGACCUGUGGAAGACGCUCUGCCGGGAUGGCGGCGGCAAUCCCGCGCUGCUACGGAUGGCGCACGAGGAGUCCGCGGCCGGGGACGGCGGAGAGCCCGGGGCGCGCCUGGUGGACGUCGAGGAGCAGGGCUGGAAGGGGCGGAGUGAAGUGCUGGUUGUGGACAAGACCGGGACGAGGAGGAAGCACAUCAUCGAGCCGAGGUCGUUGGAGAAGCAGCAAGCGAGAAAGCAGCAUGUGAAGAGACGGACGGGAGAAUGAAAACGGCUUGUGUGUGUUAACGGGUCAAGGUCAUGUACUUGGCAGAAUUUCUAUCGUUCACGUAUAUAUUGAA